UAGCUCCGGUUCGCUUCACAGCAUUCUAUUCGCUAGCCUUCAGCUAGCAGGUGUCGCUAGGCGGGUUGAAGUAGAGGAAAAUAACCGACAGGUUCAUCGUGAUUUCCGGGCAGUGGUAACAGCAGAGGGCAGGUGUUGAGGUGGACUCUCCCACCGGCGGCCUGGUCGGACCUGUCAGCUCCUCUGAUCCAGCCUGCUGCUGUUAAACCUGUUUAGGAGGAAGCAGAGUUCAAAGUGAAUGGCUGAAGGCUCCUCAGAUCCGCCUGAUCUCAAUCCAGAUGGGACUCCACAUCACAAGCAGCACCACCACAGCUCCAGAAGAACCCGACCCAGACACAACAAUGACAGAAACCUCAGCGGUUACAGCUGUGAACCAACUCAGCAAUAUGGAAACUUUCAUGAAGGUUUCAAACACACAUUUGGCCAAAAUAAUUCAAAUUACCCUCAGUAUGCCACGGCUCCCUAUCCAGAAGUGGAUGUAUCCAGGAGAAGGGGUAGAGGAAGAGGACGGAGAGAAGAAAGCAGGCGUAUAAAUGAAAAUGUCGGCGGUUCUGGUUACCGGCAGCAAAAACCUGGCAGAAAUCCAGAUCUUUUUGGUGCCAGCAGCAGAUACGCCAGUUCCAUGGAUGGACCUGAUGCGCCGAGCUGGAGAAGAGAAAACGGUAGCAGAGAUUUUCUGGAAACUCAAAUUAAAAAACCAAGAAGCACCAACCAGGAGCAGAGGAAGGGAGAAGAAAAUGAGAAAGGUGAUUAUACUUCCAUACCAGAUCAAAGACCUCAUGGUUCCAGAGAGGAGACCACCAAGAGCAGACCUCAAACGUACGAUCAACAGAGGAAAAGCAACGACGUAAAGCGACGUCAAGGACCGAUCAAGCCACCAAAGCCUCCGUUUCACGAGGAUUCGGGCUCAAAGAGGGGGGAACAGGAAGGAGCUGAACAUCUCCGAGCGUCUCAGGAUGCCGCCUGUAAAUCUGGAAAAGGGUCAGGGCCGCAGAAACCUUUUCAAGGAAGAGGCGGGAGAAGGACGAACCAUCAGAGCGUCAACUCGGGUCAGAGGAGCUCCGACAAAAUGCCAAAAAGCAAAGAGACACAAACAGGGUGCCUGAUCGAGCAGCUGUCCGAGGAGAAGUACGAGUGUAUGGUGUGCUGCGACGUCAUCCGGGUCAUGGCCCCGGUGUGGAGCUGCCACAGCUGCUUCCACGUCUUCCAUCUGAACUGCAUCAAGAAGUGGGCCCGGUCCCCAGCGUCGCAGGCGGACGAUUCUGCUGAAGGUUGGCGCUGCCCCGCCUGCCAGAACGUGGCACUGAAACACCCGGCCACCUACAUCUGCUUCUGCGGCAAAGUGACGAACCCCGAGUGGCAGCGCAGCGAGAUUCCCCACAGCUGCGGUGACAUGUGUGGGAAGAAGCGGAGCGGGGCCGACUGCAACCACCCCUGUAACAUCUUGUGCCACCCUGGACCUUGUCCUUCAUGUCCUGCCUUUGUCACAAAGUCCUGCAUCUGUGGGAAGAUGAGUCAGCCAAUGCGCUGCGGCCAGGCCUCAGUCCUGCAGUGUGACUCAAUCUGUGGGGCUUUACUCAACUGUGGGGAACACUCUUGCAAUCAGGUGUGCCACAGCGGGUCGUGUCAGCCCUGCCAGCAGCAGGUUCAGCAGGUUUGUUAUUGUGGCGUGACGCUUCGUACCGUCCUGUGCGGCACAGAUAAAGACAGAUUUGACGGCUCAGGACAUUUCUCCUGUCAAAACAUUUGCUCUAAGAUGUUGAAUUGUGAAGCUCACCGGUGCCAGCAGGUGUGCCACCGCGGGCCGUGCCAGCCGUGCCCGCGCUCCCCCAGCCUGGUGAAGACGUGUCCCUGCAGUCAAACGCCGCUCUCCAAACUCCUGGAGCUGGGCUACUCUGAGCGGCGCAGCUGCUCCGAUCCCAUCCCAUCCUGCGGAAAGACAUGCAACAAACCUCUGCCUUGUGGCUCCAAUGACGCCAUCCAUUUGUGUCAAAAUUUGUGUCAUGAGGGGACUUGUGGGCCAUGCACUUUGACCUCCACUAUCAGGUGCCGCUGUGGCGCCAAGACCAAGGAGGUUCCAUGUGCAAAUAUUCAAAAAGAAGACGAGCUCAUCUUCACAUGUGAGAGACGAUGCAACAAGAAGCGCUCCUGUGGUCGGCACAAGUGUGGAGAGCUUUGCUGUGUGAACGCGGAUCACAGAUGCCCCAUGAUCUGCAGCUACAAGCUGAACUGCGGCCUGCACCGCUGCCAGGAGCCGUGCCACAAAGGGAACUGCGAGCCCUGCUGGCAGUCAAGUUUUGAUGAGCUGACGUGUCACUGUGGCGCUGCUGUGUUGUACCCUCCAAUUUCCUGUGGCACAAAACCACCCGAGUGCAAAAACCUGUGCAUGAGAAGACACGAGUGUGACCAUCCAGUGUUUCACAACUGCCACAGCGAUGACAAAUGCCCGCCUUGCACAUACCUCACUCAGAAAUGGUGCAUGGGAAAGCAUGAGCAACGCAGCAACAUCCCGUGUCACCUGCAAGACAUUUCCUGUGGUCUGACGUGUAAUAAGUUGCUUCCUUGUGAAAUGCACCGCUGCAAACGCCUCUGCCACCGCGGAGACUGCCUGCCAGAGGGCGGCUGCCAGCAGCCAUGCAUGCUGACCCGGCCGGACUGCGGCCACCCAUGCGCAGCUCCGUGUCACAGAGGCAGCAGCUGCCCACGCACCAUCUGCACUGCCAAGGUAGCGCUCCAGUGUGACUGUGGUCGAAGGAAGGAAAGUGUUGCCUGCACAGAAGCUGCUAAUUCCUAUCAAAGAUACGCAGCCAUCGCGAUGGCCAGCAAACUCUCUGACAUGCAGCUUGGCGACUCCAUGGACAUCGGUCCGCUCCUCACCAAGAAGGAGCUGAAACAGACCAGACUCGAGUGCGAUCAAGAAUGCGCCACUUUGGAGAGAAACCGGCGCCUGGCUGAAGCGCUGCAGAUCGACUCCUCCUCCGACCCCUUCAACGUUCGCUCCACCUCCGUUUACAGCGACAGCCUCAAGGAGGAUGCCAGGAAGGACCCAAAGUUCCUCACUGAGGUAGAGGAAGAGAUCAAGAAUCUUGUUGAGCUCGCCAAUAAGGGAAAGCAGCCAAAGCGGAGCCACUGCUUCCCGCCGAUGAACAGGGAGCACCGGAAGAUCAUCCACGAGCUGGCCGAGGUCUACGGCGUCGACAGCGUGAGCUACGACAGCGAGCCCAAGAGGAACGUCGUCAUCACCGCCCACAAAGGGAAGUCGGCCUGUCCGAGCUCGACCCUGACGGCGCUGAUAGAGAGGGAGACGGCGGCGCGGGCGCCUCCCCCCAUCGCUCAUAUCAAGCAGCACAGCAGCAAGGCUGCGGGAGGAAGCUGGUCAAAGAUGGUGAAAGAGGAGCCUAUGAUAGAUUAUUUUGAUGUCCAGGACUGAGACGGAAUGGAGAGAAAAACUUCAAGAGCUGCUUGUUAACUUCACUUUUCAUCUGACUAAAAGAAUCUGAGAAAUGUGAUCAUCUAAAGUUAUAUUCAGAUUACUUACAAAUUUGAUGAUCUACUCAAAUUCAUCCAUGCUCAGCAGGAGUCCCUUUGAAAAUCAGUUUGUAUGCAAUCUAGUAAAUUCAUUUUAUGUGAUAUUAUAAUCUUCAAAUGCAGAGAUUCGUUUAAAACAGCAGGUGUUCUCUCCAGCUUAAGGUCCUUAAACCAAACACCAGGCUUUAUUCUGAGCAGUAAAAUGUCUUUUGAUCUUUUUGUCGGUGUUGAGCCAAGGCUGCUGUUGUAAAAACCUCAGUAGAAAAACAUUGUGGGAAUACAAACCCUUUGACCUACAUGGAGGGCUGCACCUCCCAAAAACAUUCUGGAGGCAUUUUGAGUUCGGCCUGCUGCAGCAUACCUGAGGACGCGGCGGCGGAUGCGGGCAAAGCCAGAGCCGAUGAAUCAUAUAUUUGUUCCUGAGAUGACAACAAAGAUUCCUCUUUAUUAAACCAAAUGUACCUGAUCACAACAUGCCAAUAAAUCUGAGAAAACCACCAAGAAA